AUGGAAAGUGUGAAUUUUGGUGGUGAUAAUCCGUAGCCGCGUUUCGGUCAUACUAUAUGUGUGAUAGCACCUAACAAGAUUGCAUUAUUUGGGGGUGCAGUAGGAGACACAGGACGAUAUGUGAUCACGGGUGAUGUGUAUAUAGGUGACAUGACAACAAAGAAAUGGAAGAGAAUUGAAGCAAGUGGAAGUGUACCAACAAAUAGAGCAGCACAUUAAGCGUUAGCAAUAGAAUUGAAUUAAAUGAUUAUAUUUGGAGGAGCUGUAGGCGGAGGAGGAUUGGCAGAUGACAAUUUAUAUGUAUUUGAAUUAAGAGAUGAUACUGGAACAUGGGUAACAGUGCCAGUCAUAGGUACAACACCAGGGAGAAGGUAUGGCCAUACAAUGGUGCUGAUUAAACCACACUUGAUAGUUUUUGGGGGUAAUACAGGAUAAGAACCUGUCAAUGAUGUUUGGAGUUUUAAUUUAGAGAAAUCACCAUAUUCUUGGUAAAAAUUGGAGUGCUCUUCUGAAUAGCCAAAUGUAAGAGUGUAUCAUUCUGCUGCAUUAUGUACCACAGGAUCAGCAAAUGGAAUGAUGGUAGCAUUUGGAGGUAGAACCAAUGAUCAAGGAGCUUUGAAUGAUACUUGGGGAUUGAGGAAACAUAGAGAUGGAAGAUGGGAUUGGGUGAGAGCUCCAUAUAGAAAUUAAACUGAGUAGCCAUUGUAAAGAUAUCAGCAUUCCACUUUAUUUUUGGGAACAUUAAUGUUGGUUAUAGGAGGCAGAUCUAAUAAUGUUGGAGAAACUCUGCCUUUUGAAAUUUAUGAUACUGAAACAUCAGAUUGGUAUAAGUUUCAGGCAAUCCAAAGAUUUAGACAUUCCUCUUGGUUGAUUGAUUAAUUUUUGUAUUUACAUGGAGGAUUUGACUCUGAUUAACCAAAUAUUCCAACAGAAGGCAUUUUAAGAUUGAACUUAAAUACAAGAUUUGCUUAGACUCCUUAAUUGUUAAGACAAAUGAAUACUAUUAGGACUGAUCAAUCAUUCACUUAAUCAUUCAAUCCAAGACCUCCAACUAAUUAAGCAUAAACUUAAGAUUAAUUUAGAAGAACAAAUUAAUAAUAGCCUUAAGCUAAAAAUUAAAAUACUAAUUAACAAGUGCGAGUAUCUAGUGCAACUAAUAAGAAUAUCAGAUUAGCCAAUUAAGCUAUAGUUGCUAUGACUUAUGGACCAGAGGAAGAUAUAACAAAUUAAGUCAAGAAAGUACCAAUUGAAAAAUUACAGGAUGAACAUAAGAAAUUGGGAGCUGGAUUUCAGGAUCCAAAUUCCCAAAAUAAAUCCUAAUUUUUAGAUUAGUUAUGUCAACCUUUUGUUUAAAACUUAUUGAUUCCCAAGGAUUACCAAUCAAUUCCUCCAAACUCUAAUUUAUUAACCGGAAUAAGAAAGGAAAUGAUAAUUAAAUUAUGUGAUGAAGUUCAACGAGUUUUAGAUAAAGAACCUAUAGUAUUAAGGUUAAGAAGACCGAUCAAAAUAUAUGGAAAUUUGAAUGGCUAAUUUUUGGAUUUAAUGAGAUUUUUUGAUCACUUCAAAGCUCCCUACGAUAACUUAUACAAUGGAGACAUUGAUUCAUAAGAUUAUUUGUUUCUAGGUGAUUAUGUAGAUAGAGGAACAAGAUCUUUAGAGAUAGUGUUAUUAUUAUUCACUUUGAAAUUAAAAUAUGCAGAUCAAAUUCAUCUGCUUCGAGGACAUCAUGAAGAUGCUAAAGUUAAUAAAAUUUACGGAUUUGCAGAUGAAUGCUUCAUAAAAUUUGCAGAGGACAUCAUGGAUCCUAACAGCAUAUAUUAAAGAAUCAAUAGAGUUUUUCAAUAUUUGCCAUUAGCAGCUGUGAUUGAAGAUAAAAUCUUAUGUGUUCAUGGCGGAAUAGGAUAGACUAUGAGAACUGUAGAUGAAAUUGAACUUAUUUAAAGACCUUUGGAGAUUGUGCAUGAUCCAAAAACCAUAGCAUUAGAAUUAUUAUGGUCAGACCCAUGUUUAUCUGAGGAAGAAUUAGAGAAUUAACCGAAUCCAGAGAGAGACAUAUUCUAAAAUAAAUAGAUCAUUAGGUUUGGAACAAAUAGAGUAAGUAAAUUCUUAUAAGAAAAUAAUUUGAACAUCAUCAUACGAUCACAUGAACCAACACUAGAAGGCUUUGAAAGACAGAAUAAUAAUGUCAUUACUGUGUUUUCUUGUCCAGAUUAUGGUACCAAUUCUCAAAACAACAAAGGAUCCAUGCUUACUAUAUCUAAAAGAGGUGAGAUCAUUCCCAAAGUUAUUUUACCUGUAAACUCUACCUCAGAAUCACGAUGGAUAGAUCUAGAAGAACCUAUUCAAAGGAAAAAGGGAUUCGCCAAAUAUGUAGUUAUAGAUAAUGAUGAAUUACAAUUAAGGAAAAGAUAGUUCACUCCACUCAGAUCGAAAAAAUCUUCAUCCUAGAAGUAAUUCGCAUGA